CGAUAGCUUAUCGAUGUCGGUAAAAUGUAUGACAACUCUGGUCCACCACAAAAACAGCCAAUUUUAGGAGAGGUGCCAACCCUGGUGGAACGCGAAAUUUCUACACCUGCGAAAUAAAAGUUUACUUUCCGCAACCAUGACACUCCAGAGAUCCUCGUCGAUAAGCAUGACUUUCAACCAAAACACUGCGCUUGUUUCGCGUUCCGAUAGUCAGACAUUGCUUUUGGGAGCUUUCGAGGACUGCAUGGAAUUCUUAGACCUGAACAAUGAACUAUUCCAACUUCUACCGGUGAGGUCCUCCAACAGUGGCAGCAGCGGUGUCGGCGGCGGAGCUUCCGGCUUGCUGCAGAGUUUCGUGGCCACCGGAUGUCCCCACCUGAUGACGCGUGUGAUCCAAACACCCAAUGGAUCCCACUUGGACGACAAUAUCUAUGCAAUUCCGGCUAAUAAUUACGACGCUAAUAACAAUGCACAAGCAUUCGACAAAACAAAUGAAAGGGGGUAAGCAAUUUCAA